AUGAAUUCUUCUGACCUCUGGAACCCACCAGAAGUGAAAUAUUGUUUUGAAUUUGUUAACAAUUCUUGCCCUAGACAUGUAAGACCUGCAAUUAGUAUUUGGGUCAUGUAUAUGGUCAUAAUAGGUGCCAUAAUGAUGACGAUGCUUGGAAACUUGGUGGUCAUCAUCUCUAUCUCCCACUUCAAGCAGCUUCACUCUCCAACCAACUUCCUGAUCCUCUCCAUGGCAACAACAGACUUUUUGCUCGGUUGUGUGGUGAUGCCCUUCAGCAUGGUCAGAUCCAUUGAGGCUUGCUGGUAUUUUGGAAGGCUCUUUUGUAGAGUACACAGUUGUUGUGACAUCAUGCUUUGUACCACUUCCAUUUUCCAUUUGUGUUUUGUCUCAGUGGACCGCUACUAUGCAGUGUGUGACCCCUUACGCUAUGUCACCAAAAUCACCAACUCAGUGAUCCAGGUCUUUUUGUUCAUCAGCUGGUCCAUUCCAAUCUUCUUUGCCUUUGGUCUUGUAUUUUCAGAGUUAAACAUCAUUGGUGCUGAAGAGUUUGUAGCAGCAAUUGACUGUGAAGGUCUAUGUGUGUUAAUGUUUAACAAACUCUGGGGAGUUCUGGCCUCCUUCAUUGCUUUCUUUCUCCCUGGUACAGUAAUGGUUGGUAUUUACAUACACGUAUUUUAUGUAGCUAAGAAACAUGCCAAGCAGAUUGAUACCCUUCCAAAUAUGAAGAAUAGAGAAGCCAAAACAAAACCCUCAUCUAAGAAAGAAAGCAAGGCCACCAGAACUUUGAGUAUAGUCAUGGGGGUUUUUGUUCUGUGUUGGCUGCCAUUUUUUGUCCUCACUAUCAUAGAUCCUUUCAUUAACUUUACUACCCCUGAGGAUCUAUACAAUGCCUUCCUCUGGUUGGGCUACUUCAAUUCUACCUUCAAUCCAAUCAUUUAUGGGAUGUUUUAUCCUUGGUUUCGUAAGGCAUUUAAAAUAAUUGUGACUGGAAUGAUCUUCCACCCAGACUCAUCUACCCUCAGUUUGUUCCCUGCAUGUGCUUAA